AGCAAGCACAGAAUGAAUAGAAAUAGCAAUAAUAAUCAUAUAAAGAGAGCAAUGGGAAGAAUCUUUUCUACGUUGUCAGGGAAAAGCACGAGAAUCAGGAACAUCCAUCAGCAGUGAUUUACGUCCCCCUCUCUGCUCUCUCUCCCCCGUCCCCCCUCCCUCUCCUCUUCAAAGCUGUUGUUAGCACACGGUCUGAGCUCAUUAUAUCACAGUGAUGAAAACUAAAUGAUGGUGGCUUUAUGUAGCUGAUGGAAGCUCCCUUAAAAAGAUGUAGCAGAAGAAAAUAUCUUCCAAAUCCUGCUCCACUGGGUCCGCUUGCCAUCUCCCCAGGCUGGGACAGACUAAUGCUUCUGAAAUGCAGAAUCCUGAAUGGGGGGAUGAUGAUUCCUACCCCACUGCUGAGUCUCUUUUGCCUCUAAAGAAAUUUACAUCAUGGAGAUGGAAUAAAAAAAAAUAGCAAGAAUAAUACAAAAUAAAGGGAAAAAGGGAGCAAGCAAAAAAUCCUAGCGGAGAUAAACUCUAGUAACCUGCACACAUGGAUGUGUUCAGCUUUGUGAAGAUUGCAAAGCUUUCAGGCCACAAGAACAAAUCUGCAGGCUGGCCACCACCAUCUGGUACUUGGACCUCUUCACAGGCACCACCUUAUGGAUGGGAGAUGGCGACGAAUAGAGAGGGAAAAGACUGCUACAUCAAUCACAUGACUCAUACAGCACCAUUUGAAGAAUUGCGAUUUGAAGGAAACCAAAUUAUUCCUCCAGCCCCCCGCAAGGUGGAAAUGAGAAGAGACCCUGUGCUAGGAUUUGGUUUUGUGGCAGGCAGCGAGAAGCCUGUGGUUGUCCGAUCUGUCACACCAGGGGGACCAUCAGAAGGAAAACUUAUUCCAGGAGACCAAAUCAUAAUGAUAAAUGAGGAGCCAGUCAGCACUGCUCCCAGGGAAAGAGUCAUCGACCUUGUCAGGAGCUGCAAAGAAUCUAUUGUGUUGACAGUUGUACAGCCAUACCCUUCACCCAAAUCAGCCUUCAUCAGUGCUGCAAAAAAGGCCAGAUUAAAGUCAAACCCUGUCAAAGUGCGCUUCUCUGAGGAGGUCAUUAUAAACGGUCAGGUUCCAGACACAGUGAAGGACAACUCUCUCCUUUUCAUGCCAAAUGUUUUGAAGGUUUAUCUUGAAAAUGGGCAGACCAAGUCUUUUCGGUUUGACAGCAACACUUGCAUUAAGGAUGUUAUCCUUACUCUUCAAGAGAAGCUGUCCAUUAAAUGCAUCGAACAUUUUUCCCUCAUGCUGGAGCAGCGAACAGAAGGGACUGGAAUUAAAUUACUUUUACUGCAUGAACAAGAAACCUUAACUCAGGUGACACAAAGGCCAGGCUCACAUAAGAUGAAAUGCAUUUUCAGAAUUACUUUUGUUCCAAAGGACCCUUUAGAUCUUCUUCGUAGAGAUGCUGUGGCUUUUGAGUAUCUUUAUGUUCAGAGUUGCAAUGACGUUGUUCAUGAGAAGUUUGGACCAGAGCUCAAGUAUGACAUGGCAUUGAGACUUGCAGCACUGCAUAUGUAUAUUUUAACUGUAACUACCAAACAGUCUCAGAAGGUUUCUCUGAAGUACAUUGAGAAAGAAUGGGGCCUAGACACCUUUCUGCCUCCUGCAGUAUUAACAAGCAUGAAGGAAAAGAACAUUAAAAAGGCCCUUUCACACAUUUUGAAAGCAAACCAAAAUCUAGUUCCACCUGGAAAAAAGCUCUCAGCUCUGCAAGCAAAAGUGCAUUAUCUGAAGUACCUUAGUGAUCUGCGAUUGUAUGGUGGGCGUGUGUUCAAGUCUACUUUAUUGCAAGGUGAAAAACACACAGAAGUGACUUUGUUAGUCGGUCCAAGAUAUGGGAUAAGCCAUGUUAUAAACACCAAAACAAAUCUGGUAGCUCUGCUGGCAGAUUUUAGCCAUGUGAAUAAAAUUGAAAUGUUUACAGAAGAUGAAAAAAACGUGCGAGUUGAGUUACAUGUGCUGGAUGUGAAGCCUAUCACAUUACUCAUGGAAUCAAGUGAUGCAAUGAAUUUAGCUUGUUUAACAGCUGGAUAUUACAGAUUGCUGGUGGACUCAAGACGCUCGAUCUUUAACAUGGCAAACAAGAAAAAUAUAGGAAAUAUUGAUGCAGGUUCAGAUCAAAAGUCAAAGUAUAAUUUUCAUGAAACUGAUUGGACAUAUAGCACGUCAUUUACAAUGGGGGAAGACCAGCCUUGUGUUCAAGAUCCAAGUGACAAUGCUUCAAAUUUCUUGGACAGCCCGAGUAGCCAAAAUGAAGGAACUCCUAUGUAUCUUACCAAGGUUCAUAAAACAAGUUAUGGUCAAAACCUCCUUCAGCCAGGAGAAGCCAUGGAAUUAGGCAACGGAGGUGUGCGUGCUCAAUCGUUUCUGAGUGUAGCAGGGAAUAAAGCACAGGAUUCUCCACGAAGUGCUAAAGUUUCAUUUAUAUUUGGAGAUCAUAACUUGGAUAGCAUUAAUCCACAAAAUCUUGGAUAUGAACGAUUAAUGGAUGAAAGUCCAGAGGUACUAGAUGAGCAAAGGUCAUUGUUUCUACACACUGAUGGUGACCUUAAGGUUAUGGACCCAUCUUCAGACCCUGAAGGAUUCCAUUUUGCAACUCAUACUGUUUAUGCCAAUAUCAAUGAUGCCAAAAUAUUUGGCAAUGCCGAAGGCAUUGAAGAGCCUUUGCUGCAUGAUAUCUGCUAUGCAGAAAACACAGAUGAUGCAGAGGAUGAUGAUGAAGCCAGCUGUGAAGAGGACAUUGUUAUUGGAGAGAUGGACAAAAGCACUCUCCUGAGUCUUUCAGGUUCCAGUGAUGAUAUUAUUGAUCUCACAUCUCUUCCUCCGCCUGAAGGUGACGAUGAUGAAGAUAACGAUUUUCUUCUGCAUUCUUUAAACCUUGCCAUUGCUGCUCCCCCACCUGGCUUUAGAGAUAGUUCAGAUGAGGAAGACACUCAGAACCAUGGACUUCAGGGUAUUGAAGGAAACACCCAAAACAGCACAGAUGAUAUUCCUGUCUCUCUGAUUGAUGCAAUUCCAACUCAAAGUGACAGCGGCACAGAGAAAGCACUGGACGAUGCCGUGGUUUCCACUCUCCAAGCCUUGGAAGCCUUGGCAGCAUCUGAAGAGCAGACCCUUCAACAUACAGACGAUAGCUCAGGUGUAACGAUAUCACGGGCUUAUAGUCCCGAGUCAUCUUCAGAUUCUGGAAAUGAAACAAACUCCUCUGAAAUGACCGAGAAUUCUGAACUAGCUGCAGCACAGAAGCUUUCAGAGAACUCAAUGCGCCUAUUUGUAGCAACCACUGAAGGAUACCAGCCAUUGGUGGAAGAGAAAACCGAAUUUCCUGUCUCUCCUUGUGAGAGCGGGGAUGCAGCUCUCAAGCCCAUGGGUCGGCAGGACACUGAAAUGCAGAAUAAAGCAGUGCCCUCCAAGCAGAUAAUUCACUCUGAUGACAUUGAAAUGGAGCCAGAGACGAUGGAGACUAAAUCGGUCACAGAUUACUUUAGUAAGCUGCAUAUGGGAUCGUUGGUAUACUCUUGCAAGAGAAAAAUUAAACAGGGGGACAUGGAACCUAGAGUACAAUUUGAAGUCAGUGCCACUAUUAAAAGACAGCAAGCAAAGAAGAUGGAGACAAAUGAGGAGAUCAACCCUGCUGCAAAGUACAAUACUUUUACUUCAAGGGAUGCCCAUCGUCUAAGCCAAUUUGACCUAGAAAGAACAUCUUUCCGUGAAAAAAGCCAAAGGUGGUACCCGCUUUCGGACGUUAAAGCGGUGGAGAAACAAGUUCUCGGGGUUGCAAAUGAAAAAAGCUCAGUGAAAGGAUCCACUGUUUGCAGACCCGAAAUAGAAGGAAAGGAAGUUGAACUGAAAGGAGAGCAAUGCAACACUUCUGAGCACAGGCAGGAAGGGAACGUCCAUGCAGAUACCACAUUUGUGCCUGUGACCAAAGAAAUAAGUGACUCACAAGAAAUCGGCUUCCCUGCUGACGAUCCCCAGUCCAAGCCCCUUCCCACUGAGCAAACUGUGCCCAGGCUCUGUGAAUACCAUUUGGCCAAACGAAUGUCCUCUUUGCAAAGCGAGGGCCAUUUUUCUCUCCAGAGUUCCCAAUGUUCUUCUGUUGAUGCCGGCUGCAGCACUGGCAGUAGUACGUGUGCUACUCCAGUGGACUCCCCGAUGUGCACGCCGGACAGUAAGCACAUAAUCACAGAAUCAUCUCUAAAAAAUUUAAGUUACAUGACAUCUGAUGAAAAAUCUCAUUUGCUGUCAAGCCACGGGACUCAGAGUAAAGAUCAUCAACAAGCAGAGGGGACAUUUCAUAGGAAAACACUGCCUAAUUUGCAUGCAUCAUCAAACUCUGAACCAAUAUUUGGCACCUUAAGAGAUGGGUGUCAUCGGAUGCCCAAGAUAAAAGAAACCACAGUUUGCACAGAACUCGAGAAGGCAAGAAGAGGAGGCAUGUCCGCAGCUUUUUCUAAACAGGUCAAAGCCAAGCCCAUUCCACUGCCAUCAAACAUUUGCACAGAUUCUAAUGUGCCAAGUCAAGAAAUCACAGACUUACCCAAGGAGGACCAUGCUCAAUCAACAUCCUCGAGCUUAACACCCUUUGAUCUCAGUGGGGGGAAUCUAAGACAUCCACAGAAGGGAAAAAUACUAAAGAGGAGCAACAGCAGUGUGACGGCAGGAUCUGGCAGUGCUGAAGUGCUCUUUGAGAGAACCAAAUCCAGUCUCGGCUCCAAAUGCCUGCAGUCUCCAGAACCCGCCGAAUGCAAAUCGCAGAAGAGAAUCGACCUUCCCUUCGGGAAAAGAUUGUCCAAAAGUUUCUCUCAAAGUUCUGUUGCUACCAGCUCCUCAUGUUGGUCCAUAAUGAGUGACACUAAGGAGAGGAGGUCUUCGGUUGUGAUGCCAGUGCAUAGAGAUGCCAAGCAAUUCAGGAAUUUGCCAAAGCUGGACACAAGCACGUGGAGGUGCCAUGGUCCUUUUAGCUAUUGUUUUCUUAAUAAAGGCAGCAAGGCCGACGAGGAAGAGGAGGAUGAAGAUAAACUCUCCAGGCUUUACUGUUCACAGGCACCUUCAGGGACAUUACCAACAACUGAUCAGGCAUCAGCUGCUGAUCUUCAAAAUGAAACACCUGAUCCUGUAAAAACUGUGACUUCUACCGAGGUCAUUAUAAAUGAUCACCAGAACGGUGAGGUUGAUUUCAAUGACUUGAGCUUUGAUGCAAGAAUUAGUCGGAUUAACGAACUGAAGGACAAAACUUAUUCACUUCCAGAGGGAUUUUCCAUUGCACAGAAAGACGCAAGAGAAUUGAUUGCACUAGUUCGCUCCAGUAUUGGGAGGAAGGAAGGCAGAGAAUGUGAGCCUCAGGAAUCCAAACUUUCACAGUAUAAGCAGCUACUGUCAGUUGAGUCCAAGGAGCUGGGAAGUGCAUGUAAGAAAAUAUCUCAGGCAGAAAAAAGUCCAGAAGAAAUGAUUCUGGUUGUGACUUCCAGUUUCCAGGUUCUCUGCUCCUUAACAGAAGCCUGCAUGUGUUUAGUGAAAGCUAUGGAGGAUGAAACUCAGCAACGGGAGAUCGUAGCUAAAGUAGAUGAGGUGGUAAUGAACUAUAUUUGUUUGCUCAAAGCAGCUGAGGCAGCAACAGGUAGCGUUCCCUGUGGCCAGAACGUUAAAGUGUUGGCACGACAUUCAACUACCAUGUAUGCUAUUGUAAGCACAUUAACACGUUCACUUAAAACACUUCUGAACAAAUGAAUAGCAUCUUACUCUUUGUAAUGUACUUUUGCAAAGCCAUACAUAGAUUUAUUCUUCUCUUAAAUGUGGGAUCUCCACACUGUGAACUACUGUAAGAAACUUUAUGUAUAUUUGUUUUAUAUGUAAAAAGUUAAUGACUUAUAUACGCUAUAAUGAAAUAUAUUAUAAGAGCUAUAUUUCUCUUAACGGCUCAAGAAGGGUACAUCAAAGAGACUGUAAGAAAAACAAAAGUUAUUUUUCGUAAUGCACUUGUUCAUUGCUUCUACAUUGCUUUUUAUCCAAUGCAGUGUCCACAAUGUGUACACAAGGAAAUCUCAGAUUUUUAAUGAGAAAUAAGUGGCAUACGACACUGCGAUGUUUAUGCAUAUACAUUACAGUAGCACUGCUUUGCUUUGUAAAUCUGAAAUUUUUAUUUGAGAUUUUAGAUCAUUAUUAAUAACCAAAUAAAAAGUACAAAAUGCAAACUAUUAAAAAAUAUAUAAUAACUUUUAUUCAUACAGUAUACAUUCUUUUAUAACAGUUACAUUUUACUUUCAGUCUUACGAAAGUCUUAAGGAAAUCAGAGAAAAAUUAUUUAGAAUUAUUCCCUACAUUUUUCCUUGAAUGUAUUUUUUAAUUUAUAUUUUAUUAUUUCUGAACAAACUUUACAUAUACUGUGUUAUAAAGACAAUCAUUAAAAAAAGAAUAUGUUCAACCAACUGAAAUUCCCAACACAAAUUAUUACAUGAGAUUUCUCCUGUUUGAAAAAUUGUGUUUUCCAGCCUACCUUAUUUAAAUACAUUAAAAGAGAUAAUAAAGAAUGGAAGCUGGUUGUUUCAUGGUGUUGGUGUACAGUACAGUAUAAUCAAACCAAGUAUCACUCUUUAAGUGCCAAAUGUUUUUAUUUCUUUUCAGUUCCUACAGUCAUUUGUUACAAGUAGUUUUGAAAUAAUGUGGCAUUGUGGCACAGUGAUUAGCUCUGGUUCUUCACAACUAAAUGGCCCUAGCCUGAUCAUUUCAUCUGUGAAGUUUUACUUUUUCUCUCAGAUUCAAAUUUUUUAGGCCAACACUCAUUCAUUCUGUAACAGGGCUGUGCAAAACCAGAGCCUACCUGGAUACCAGUGCAUGAUAGGACACCCUCGCACUUUUACCUGCCCACAGUCUUUCACGUAGGGUGACUUUUAAGGCGUUUUCACACUCAUAGUCCAUUUCGUUACUUUAUUUCAAUUUCCAGUUAGCUCGGUUGCCUUUCACACUGUAAACUUUCAAGUGAACUAAACAUAUAAAUAAAAAUCCUCUGGGUA